AUGUCUUCCUCAUUCCUAUGGUGGCGCUACAUUCUUCUACUGUCAUGCCAGCUCUACCCCCAAGUGUACUCCCGUGCUGUGUUCGCUCAUUUCAUGGUUUCAAAUACUGCCGGAUAUGAAGUUUCGGACUGGGAAAAUGAGAUUCAGCUCGCGCAGGAUGCUCACAUUGACGCAUUCGCGUUGAAUAUCGCAACCGGAGAAGACACCACCUCCACUUCCAUGCCCAAUGCUUUUUUGGCGGCUCAAAACCUCAAAUUCUCCCUUUUCUUCUCGUUCGAUUAUGCGGGAAAUGGAGCAUGGGACAAAGACGACGUGCUGGAUCUCUUGAAGCAAUACGUCUCCGACGACGCCUACUACCUCCAUGGCGCAGAUCCGUUAGUCUCGACAUUUGAGGGACCCGACCAUGCCGAUGACUGGGUGUAUAUCAAAUCAGAGACGUCGCUCUUCUUUGUUCCAGAUUGGUCCUCAGUUGGGGCAAAGCCUGCCAUGGCCUUGGGAGAUGGCGUUGCAGAUGGGCUGUUUAGCUGGGCUGCGUGGCCAAAUGGACCCAAUGAUAUGAACACCUACGUUGACGCUUCUGACAUGCAAUACCUGGACAAGAAACCCUACAUGAUGCCAAUUUCACCAUGGUUCUUCACAAACAUGCCUGGGUACGAUAAGAACUGGGUCUGGCGUGGCGAUGAUCUUUGGUAUACGCGGUGGGAGCAAGCGCUCUACCUUGUCCCAGAAUUUAUCGAAAUCCAUUUCUUGGAACGACUUUGUGGAACCUCCCCUGACCUUGAAAAGGAGGUCUGCAUUGAGGGAUGGUGCAUGAGGGAUUUCAACGGGCUUUGUGGAUUUUCCAGCAGCUUGGGAUACUGUCCCGUUGGGGCGUACGUGUGCUCCAAGCUGGGGCCUCAGCCAACAUUACCCAAAUCUACAGGCACCGUUGGAUAUCCAGCCGCAGGCGAAAGCGCCAACUAUGCCGUCUCUCCCUCCACCCCUGAUACAUGUGUUGCGGGCACUGGAGGGGAUGAAUUUACUGGUCUAUGCAGCUUUGGCUGCAACUAUGGCUAUUGCCCCAUUUACAAUUGUACCUGUACUGCUACGGGUCCCUUGAUCAAGCCUCCUACCCAGAACACCUCUGUUGUUGGCUGGGCGCCAGAUAUCGAUGACAACGACGCGACCCCGGAAGAUGAUCCUUGUGGAGAUGCGGACGAUGACAGUGCGGAGUGGGCCGGCACUUUCCCUUGUGAUUUCAGCAUCAACUACUCCUCUCUCGAUGCACUGGAAGCAGACAUUGACAACUUGGAUCCUUACUGCAUCGACUUCUAUGUGCUGGGUGCACUUUAUGGGGAGUUGGAGACUACUUUGGCCAACUACACAAACAUUGCCCACACAAACAACUACGACGAAGACUUCAUUGAGUACUCAAAGUACAUGAAAGCACAGGUUGAACCUCAGCUCAUGUAUUUCAUGAACGACAGCACGGUUCCAUUCGAUCCCAAGGGCUUGGGCAAUCGAUAUUUCACAUGCACGCGUAGCUUGGGAGGCAUAAAUGGCACAGCGACCAGCUGUCCUGAUGAGGAUUCCUAUACAGUGGCCCAACUCCACAUCGUCUACUUCGAUCUCGUGGACCCAGAAGGCUUCUAUACAAGUCUAACUGAAAAUGCUGGCGUGGAACCAGACUGGGUAACACUCGAUGGUGGAUUUUUCCCGGGCAGCUCAACUGGGCCUUACUAUGGCAAAAGGCCUGAAUGCAGGUUGAAUCUGCAUUCUACAUACGAAUACUUAUGGUGGCAGGGAUUUCCCAUUCCUGCACAGGAAAUCAAUUUCACUGACCCUCGUGAAAUCAUGAGAAAGGCUUUGCCAAAUAUCCCCAACCUCCAACUAUCGAUCUCUCUCACUCAGCUUGCUAUCGCGUCCGGAAGCUUUCAAGGCGUGAUCGACGAUGUUGUUCAGACCACAUCUACUGCUGUCUUUGUGCUAAGUGAGCUAGUCGAUCGCAUCUACAAUGUUGUCUAUAUCGGUCGGAAGAUUGCCGCUGAAGAAAGGACAGAACGAAUCCUGAAGAUUAUUGGUGGUAUCUUUAUGAUUCUUCCUUUCCUUGGCCCGCUCUCAGGGCUUGGGGAUCUCAUCGAAGGCUUUGAUGCAUUACUUGCUUUGACGGGGACCAUUGUAGAUGAAGGUUCGGAUGUCUACAGUGUGAUCCAGAACCCUGAGAGUGCUCCGGUGGCAAUACUUGGUAUGCUAUUGGGCUUUGACGCUGGUUCUGAGGUUGGUGAGAUUAGUGAUGAAUCCUUGGCAGCCUUUAAAUACGAUACUCUGGCUGCAUCUCGGCGCAAGAUGGAAAGCACUGAGAUAAAGGCGUUUGGGAAAGUGUAUGAAGACAAGAUGAAUCAACUUGAUUCUAUCGUUAGCAAAUGCUUUUAA